GAGAAAGAGCUUUUGCGUUUUCACCUACUCCAAUAACAAUAACCGAUUUUGGAAGCGACUGACAGCAGGCAACCAUGGGGGAUCGCGAUAUACCAAGUGUCCCAAUCACCACCCUGGCUGGAUUGACCAGUCUUUCGGACAUGCUCAGCGAGCUGCCGAUAUCGGACUCCCUGUCGACGGUUUCGACUGCCUUGAACCGUUCGUUGCUGUUUCAUCCGCGCGUCGCCGAAGAGGCCAACAAUCUUUUGGCCACGCGAGAUGAUAGUCUGAUCGGUCAGCUAGUGAAUGCCAUCGAGCAGACCAAUUCGGAUCACAUCGAGCUAAAGGAUCAAUAUGUUCAACCAUCGACCAGCAAAUCGAUGCAGGAUGGACCCCUGCUUCUGCAGGCUAUCCGAUCCUGCAGGGCGGAUGUGUUCAAUAGGCCUCAGACCGCCGCUACACAACAACAACAGCAGCACCAACAACAACAGAUGCUUGCACAACAGCAACAGCAACAUAAAAUAAUUUUUACAUCACAAAACCCAAAUUUCCCAAGCGAACACUACUCUUCCCUACAAACACAACACCAGCAGCAGGAUUAUUUGAGUCAGAUUUCGCAGAUUUCCCAACAGCAGCAGCCUUCGCAACAGAUUGUGUUAAACCAAUCCCCUGUUUCGUCCCAACACUCUAAUCAUCCGCCCCUUGAAACGCGGAAUCAGACUAAAAUUCCUUACCAACAACAACAACAACAACAACAGCAGCAGCAGCAACAUCAACAGCAAUCACCACAAACAGCACCAUCGCCAUCUUCAAAAGUCAUCAUUCGACAGCAAGUUAUUAACCUUCCAAAUAUUGCUUACUCGUCCAAUUCUGCAGAAAAUAGCCAGCAACAGCAACAAAUCUUCCAACAACAGCAGCAGCAACAGCAACUGUUGCAGCAGCAACAACACCAACAACAACAACAACAGCAGCAGUAUCAUAAUCAAAACGUCAUCGUCUCACACCAAUCGGUGAUCCAGAAUCAGCAAGUAUCCCAGUUCCACCAACAGCAGCAACAGCUUCCUCCGCAACAGCAACAACUACACAAACCGACUGAUCCUCAUCGGACGGUAAUUCAGCAGCCGGUAGCAGCAGCUGCUGGAUCUUCCCUGAAUGCGCUUCCGGCUUCGGUGGUUUCACAACAGCACCAUCAUCAACAGCCGCAGCAGCAGCAACAACAACCGUUGGUAAACCAUGUUGCUCAACAGCAGCAGCCUCAGCAGCAACAGGCAAUAUACCAACAACACCAGACUGUCUCCCCGCAACAACAAUCGCACCAGAAUGUGAUAAACUUGAACAACAACCUAAACAGUGCCUCCACGACAGUCCAACACAACCAGCACGUCACGAUCAACCACGUUCAACCACUACAACAACAACAACAACAACAACGUACACCGCUGCCAGCACCGAAGCAACAACCCCAAACGGCAACGAUCAACGAGCAAUCUCAGCUAAAGAAUGGAAACACGACCGCCGUGAACAACCAUCAGCCGUAUCCCCGGUCGCAGGUGCCAACUCAACAAACGCCACAACAACAACAACACAACGUCAAUCACGUUAUCAAAACGCCAGAAGCUGCACCACGCAACAGCGAAUACCUCCAGCAGCAGCAGAGCAAAAAUCUGGACGCUCGAGGGCGUCCGUCACCGGCUCAGGGUACGACGGCACCGGAAACCGAUUCCACCCAAACCAGUCUGCGGAAGCAACAAGAACACCAGCAAGCUCAGGCAGCCACUCCUCCUGUUCAGCGAAUAAACCAACCAACGCCGAUGUCCACUCCGCCCAAUAAACCGCGUCCACCGGGUGGCGUUCCACCGGGAGGUACACAAACAAGUACCCCUCCUUCAGGACCCAGGCCGAUAUCGGUGGCGGGAGCAUUGCAACGGGCGACCAUGAAUGCACCAAAACUUACCGCGACCACGCCAAUACCGGUAACGUCGAUCGCUGUUUCUGGAGCCCUGAUGAAAACGCCCACGACCACCACAACUUCCGCUCCGACAACGCCAUCCAGUGUUAGCCAGCAGCCAACGGCGCAACCGGCACAACAGGCCAAUCAAACCCCAGCCCCAGUGAAAAAGCCGCAAAAAGUGAAUCUUAAGAAACUGUGUCGGAUGGUCAACAUGGGUGAGGUGGAUUCUUUGAAUUUGAAAAAAUGUUCGGUUCGAUUGGAUAAACUGAGCGAAGAUCAUAUGACCAUGAUGCAGGCAGAUCUCAAGAAGUUCUCUCAGGCUGAGCCUAAACUGGCGAUGCGGUUGGGGCUUGUCAAAAAGAGCGCCGAAAUGAUCUUCAGCAAAAUGAAGGAAGACGAACGAAGGUACACCGGUUUGUUAGCGAAACGGAAGGCUCAGGAAGAUGCGAUGAAUCCGGAAGAUAUGUUCAGUAAGCCAAAGCUCAGGAAGGUGGAGAAGAUGGUGAUACCGGUGGUGAAGAAACUGUCCAAGGAAGAACUGAUGAACACAAACACCUACCAGAGGUUUAUGUCGAUCAUGGGCAAGAUAUUCGAUCAGCUGGACGAAACGGAAGCACCAAAUUUGGACGAAGCGGACGAGCAGUUCGAGUGCAUUCCAACAAGCAUGCUCAGCAGUAUUAGUUCGGAAGCCGCGAAACUGAAGGCGCGCAAUGCCAUCGAUGCCAUUCCGGAGAACAAACUGACGUUGUUGAUUACCUAUGCGAUGCGGUCGGUGCAUUCGGCAAAAAAUCUAAGUGGGACGGAACUGCAGGACGAUCUGGUCGGCGACGAGUGCAUCGAGAAGAUUUUGAAUGCCAUGGAAGCAGCUCUGUUGAUUUGUUCGAUCUACACCUGCAAGAGCACCAAGUUCUUGCAAGAGGAUAACAUCGACGCGAUCAUCAAGUUUGUGCAGUUCCAACUGCGAGAAACAGUAUUCCCUUCGUAUGAUCCGGUGUACUCGGUCGAGACGAAGAAAAAAACCGAUGGGAAAAAAUCGAAAAAGAUGCCCAGCUAUCAGCAGAAAGGUCUCUCGGUGCUGUACACGAAAAUCGUAGAGCUAGGCAAACAGCUGGUAACCAUGUUCGAGAAGUUCCACUUUGUUGAUACGAUCGUAAUACAUGCUUCGGCAUUGGGCGUUGAACCGUUCUUCGUAGAUAACAUCGAAACGCUGCAGUUUGUUUGUCUGGACCUGGUAACGUCCAUUUUCCAGAACGAAAAGUAUUCUCACCACCGACGGAACAUUGUUGCGGACAUUCUUUCGUCGAUCGAUCGUCUUCCGCACUCGAAACGCAAUCUCCGCCCAUACAAGCUGGUCAACAACGCCGGAAACAUCCAAAUGAUGACGGCUCUCGUACUACAGUUGAUUCAGUGUGCCGUAGUUUUACCGGAAGCCAUGGGCGAUAGCAAUCCGAAGAAAGCGAACAACGAAAUCGUUAACAGCAGUAAUCCCAAAUCGGCUGAUCUCUACAUCAUCGGGAAGUACGACACGGCACUGAGCAUUGGGGGAAACUUUCUGGCAACCUUCCUGGACAAAUGUAAGAGCCGGUCGAGCGAAACGGAUUUCCGUCCUCUAUUCGAGAACUUUAUACACGAUCUUCUAACUACCGUCAACAAACCGGAGUGGCCAGCAUCUGAACUGCUGCUGAGUCUCCUGGGAACGAUGCUGGUCAAGAAGAUGUCCGACAAAGGCGUGGAGCAGUCCAUUCGGGUAGUUUCCCUCGAAUACCUUGGCAUUGUGGCCGCUCGGCUACGGAAAGACACCGUAGAGUCCCGAUGCAAGGUCCGAACGAUGGAUUCGUUGAUCAAGUACAUCAAAAUCGAACAAGAAAAGGAAGGCGACGAGUAUAAGCAGAAUUCCAAGUUUCAGUUGGACGAAGAGGAGGAACGAACCGAAUUCCUGGAAAAGAUUCUCCUGGACUUCUUGGCAGCAAACGCCCAGGAGGGAAACAUCGUGUGGAACCAUGCGAGGCACUUCUACAUCACACAAUGGUACCGGGACAUCAUCCAGCGAAAGAAAAACAUCGCCGCCGGUGAGAAAGGAUAUGCCUCCCGGAAGAAGCAAGCGAAACGACGAAAAAAGUAUACCAGCGAAUCGGAAAACUCCGACGGAGGGGGAAUCGAUUCCGACAUCGAAGAAGUCAAAACCGGCGUGGAUCAGGAACUGAACAGUGAGAUUUUCCGGCUGCUGGACACUCGGAAAGCAACCUACCUGUCGCAGAUCUGUCCCUUCGGAGACAAAAAUGCCGGAAUAAGCGAAAUCAAAACCUACAUCGACUACGGAAACGCCAACCUGAUCGCGCAGUACUUGGCCAGCAAGCGAUCGUUUUCGCAAAGUUUCGAUAAAUAUCUGCAGAAAAUCAUCUUGGUCGUGCGGGAACCGGUCGUUGCGAUACGAACCCGGGCGAUGAAGUGUUUGGGCAACAUCGUCGAAGUGGACCAGAUGGUGCUGGCGCGGAAGGACAUGCAGAUGGGCGUCCACCAGAAACUGCUGGACACAGCUAUUUCUGUGCGGGAAGCAGCGGUGGAUCUGGUGGGAAAGUACAUCCUUUCCGAUCCGGACCUGAUCGAUCAGUAUUACGAUAUGAUUUCUACGCGGAUAUUGGAUACGGGAGUUUCGGUUAGAAAACGGGUAAUCAAAAUUCUACGGGACAUCUGCAUCGAGUAUCCGGAGCAGGAGAAGAUUCCGGACAUUUGCGUCAAAAUGAUUCGGCGGGUCAACGACGAGGAGGGCAUUCAAAAGCUGGUCAUGGACGUCUUCAUGACGAUGUGGUUCCAUCCGUGCAAUCCUAAUGACAAGGCGGCAAUGGAUAGAAAAAUUACUCAAAUAAUCGAUGUGGUUUGCUCAUCCCAUGAGACUGGCACUCAGGGCUUCGACGCGCUACUCAAAUCGAUAUUUGAACCAAAAGAAAACAAAGAAGAUUCAAAAGCCAAGAAGGAAAUCCCGAAAACGCUGAUCAAAGCCUGCCAGCAGAUAGUGGACGGCUUGGUGGACGCAACCAUGAAGCUGGAGAGCUCGGAAAACAAGAAACUGGUUGGCUGCAUAACGGCGCUACAUCUUUUCUCGAAAAUUCAACCGCAGCUACUGGUGAAUCACGCGAUGACACUGGAACCGUAUCUGAACAUACGGUGUCAGAAUGCCAUCAACUACAAGUUCAUCAGUAGUGUGGCGGAGAUUCUGGAACAGGUGGUGCCCUUGAUGGAACAUCCCAGCGAGAUUUUCCUUGCUGAUCUCGAAUCGCAUCUCAUGAUGCUCAUCGUGACGCAGAGUCAAGCAGUGGUGCUGAGUUGUGUGUCCUGUCUGUCGGCGGUUGUAAAUAAAAUUACCAAGAAUUACACAUUAAUACGAGACUGUUUUUCGAAAUUUUACUAUAAGGGAUUAGUAUCUAGUAAAGAGAAGUUAAUCUCCGAUCCGUCGAUCCCAAUAGAGCAACUGUAUAGGCCCCAGUUUAGGCGAAGUAUUUAUACGGUAGGAUUAAUCAUGCGGUAUUUUGACUUCAAGCAGCCAGAUGUUUACGGCGGCGAAGACGACGCACAAGGAGCGCUACCGGCCAAUAUCUGCGAGGAUGUGUACAGUACGUUGGCAUUUUUUCUGUCGUGUAGUCAUAGUGAGAUUUGCAAGGAAACACUACUGUCGAUGGGCAAUUUCUGUGUGAAAAACUACGAAUAUCUGACGAAGCAGGAACUGCGGGAUUACUACAACUAUCUGCUCACGCAGGACACCGUACUGACCGAGAUGAAAAUAGUCGUCCUGAAGAACAUUCUAAUGUAUCUGACCGAGGAGGAGAACAAGAUGGUUCGCAACGACAAAGAAUGGGCCAAGCAAUCACAAACCGAAGAUUUGAAAGAGAUGGGCGAUGUGUCGUCCGGUAUGGCGAGUAGGGUGAUUCAGAUCUAUCUGAAGGAGAUCCUGCGGAGUUUCCUGCACCGGGACACCGGCGUACGAAUGUGGGCAAUGCGGGUGGUGGAGAUUGUGCUGCGGCAGGGUCUGGUACAUCCAGUGCAAAUAGUUCCUUUCCUAAUAUGUUUAAGUACGGACCCAGAAAGAGAGGUUGCACAUAGUGCAGAUCGUCAUCUCCAGGAGAUUGACAAGCAGUAUCCGGGCUUUGUAAAUAUGAAAUCUCACGCCGGUUUGCAGUACUCGUACGAAUUACAAGUCUUGUUACAGAAACUAGACGACAGUAGUAUAGUUAGAGGAUAUAGAAUCAAAGACCCGCAAGAGCCACCGAGUGCGCUAAACGGUUUCCUGUACACUUUGCUGCGCAAUACCAAACCCCAGCGGAGGGCGCUCGUUCAGUCCAUUACCAAACAGUUCGACGACGGGAAGAUCUCACUGCAGCAGAUGCUUUACCUGGCGGACAAUCUGGCCUACUUUCCGUACAUGGUGCAGGACGAGCCGCUGUACAUAAUCCAUCAUAUUGAUGUGCUGAUAUCCGUCACCGGUACCAAUCUGUUGGCUACCUUUCGCGAGGGAUUAAAACCUCCGCCUGGUGCGGAGAACAACCCGGACCAGCCACCGAACCCAUUGGAAGAUGAUGACGACGAUGACCAGGAUGUGAUUCUCAGUCGACUACCAGAGGACACCACGGAACUGCAGAACUGCAUAACCUCGGCGCAGGGCUGCAUGCUUUUACUAAUACUCAAGCAGCAUUUGAAGGAUAUCUACGGUAUCACGGAUUGCAAAAUUUCUCGAUACUCACCAUCGGAAGCGGGUAAAAUCUACGAUAAAACGAUGCAGAGGAGAUCAAACUCGUUGUUCGAUCCCAAGGCUACCAUCACGUUGCUGAAAGAGAACCGCCAAACGAUGGCAGUCCAGUCGGACGAUGACCGAGCAGAGCUCGUGCAACGAUAUCUGGAUUUCAAACAGCUAAUGCUGCGGCUCGAUCCGGACGAUCCCGACCUCCUGGAUGAGGAUGAUCGUGCCCCGCCAAAGAACUCCGAACCGAACUCAACUGUUACCACCCCGGUCAAGCAAGGCGGCGAUGCCAAUCCCGGCGGAGAAAGCACAACGACCACCCCUGUGAGCAACAACGUCGGCGCCACGCCGCACGUCAACAAUGUGAACAGUACUGCCACCUCGGCGAGCAGUAAUGCCACGUCGGCUGUCGGCACGCGGACGCCGAAAUCCUCCACGAGGCCAUCGGCGGCAACGACAAACGCUGCCUCCAGCAGGAAAAACCUCCCGUCGCGAAGUGCUCGCAAAAAGCGACGAAAACUGUCCAGCACAGAGGAGGAGGAAAGCGAACCUAGUGAUAUGGAUUACGACUAGAGAGAGAGAGAUAAGUAGGUACAUCCGCCAGAGAGACAUUAUUAAUCGUUGAAUCAGAGAUGUGUAAAAAUAACAAUAGAGUCGAGAUACACGUUUAAUAUAUUAAUUUGUGAUGUAUGAAAAACAAUAUCAGUGGAGAAUGCCGGGAGAGAUGAUCCCAUCAUUUACCCUACAAAACAAAAUAAAAGCGUCUGUGAAUGCACAUUUAAGUAGAUGAUUUGAAGGUGCGCCAAUCUUGAAGGUAGCAAUAGUG